CUCCAUUUUGCAAGGACAGACAUCUCCUCCCAUCUCAUACUACUAGUAGUCCCUCCAUUGAUAUAUACGAGAACUUCACUGGUGCUAUUAGGCUUUCCGUUUAACUCAAUUGAAUCCUCUCUCCAACUUCUUCUUUACGCAAUUGUCCCUCUUUAACAGAGAAGACUCAACUGUACCUGAAUGGUCAAAGCUACUUAUCCACACUCAUCUACUCUGACAUCAUGUCUGGUACACUCACCAGAACUGAAACAUCAUCACACGCAUCUCCCCUCGACCUCUACACCCACCGUGAUGGCGAUCCUGUGGCUAUCAACGUAACCAUCAGACAGGAUCCUCUGUCUGUCACUUUGGACGGCCUUGCCAUCUUCGUCAUCUCUGUCACGCUCGUUCUCGGUAUACACAUGUUUAAACCAUCUUCUGUAGCUCUGCUCAUUGGCAUUUCAACAAGCGUCUUAUUCAUUCACAAUGACUAUCAGAACUAUCUAAAACUUGGCCCGGGAGGUACACCGGCAACAUUCCCUGGUUAUAUUCGCAUCAACUGGCUCAAACUCUGGGCCUGCCGAGACCCUUUCAACCCUCUCCCCGCGGACCCAGAUGUUCAGCCAGCUGCUGGCAUCUUCCGCAAGAAGCCUCUACCAUAUCGUUGUGGACUUCGACCCAAGGUUGUUGGAAUAGCCCCGCAACGCCAGGUCAACCAAUUCGGAUCGCGGGAAUGCUAUCUCGCUCUUCGGCGCAUCCUAGAGAACCACGGAAAGAGAAACCCGGAGGAAGUAGGAAUCGGCACCUCCUGCUUCGAAAAGCACGGCCUGGGACUAUUUGCUCGGUACCCCUUUAACAAAACCUGCCAGGGAGAGAUCUGCCACGUGCACAACUCGGACUACUCGAUGCACCUGAACCUGCACCCGGACGACGUGAAGGAGGUCAUCGAGAAGGGCUGGGGCGAACGCCAUCCACUGACCAGCCAAUGUCUCCUAAAGAUGCCCGUCCCCAAGCAGUUCACCAUGGUGUAUGCCCCACGAACACUAGACGAACUGAAGGUUGUGUGUCAAAUCAUCGAGGCGGCCGGUUGGUGGGUCGGCGCAAAAGAGAUGAAGCUAGACGUAACGGCGGAGAUAUAAAAACCAACCAACCAACCAAUCCAUUCAUCCAUCCUAUAGUAAAACAAACAACUUCGCCUCUUGCCGACCCCAAACCUUGCGAAAACAUGGAAAGCAUUUGAUGUUGAACGUCCAUAGGUACCUGGGCUACUUACAUAGUAGUUUAGUUUACCUAGCUACUACCUGUCCAGCUACCUAGUAGUGCCCCCUUCACACGCCUACUUAGGCCAUCGGCUUCAUGUAUCAAUUCUGAGAGAAUUAAAAUCAUUAGCAAGAAUAGAAAAAAAAAAGCAUAAUAUAACUGUUAUAAACUAAACUAGCUAGCUAACUCAAACGUAUAUCUCU